AUGCAAGCUCAACUUGUUAAACAGAGGGUUACUAACCAACAAUCACAAUUGCUUAUCCAUGAGUUGAUUAGUGUUUCCAUUUAUUGUGUUACCUUUUUGCGAGAUGUGUUUGAAGAAAACAAUUAUAUCGACACCAAAUACUACAAUGAGAGGUACCCACGGCCCGACGCAAACUACAUCAGAACAAAGAGGUUAAGACCUGGUAUUACCACAUUUGCUGAUCUGAUUAUUAAAUGUGUUGAUGAAGGAAUUAAAGAUUCCAUUGAACGGGGGUAUUUGAAAGCAGUACUGUUUGUAAUUCAAAUACCAAGUGAUGGUGGGUAUUCAGUUUGUGAAAGUUACAUGUUUGGCAUCAAUUAUCUGACAAACCAAGUGCUGUUGUCGGUUAACAAUAACAAUAAGACUGAGACUGAGGUAGAAGUGUUUGAGUAUGAUCAAAUUAUAAGUCAAAUUCAGGGAAUGAUUAAACGAUUAAUUGUCAUGACCCAAUCGUUUGAUUUGUUACCACGCGAGAAAUCAGUCUUGAUUAAAUUGUUAUUCAAUGAUUCAUGCCCAAAGGAUUAUCAACCACCACAUUUUGUCGAUGCGUCGGAUUUACCACCAACUACAAUCAAGAUUGAUAAAAAAAGAUCUUCUGGUAUAAAUGACCUUGGUUGUGUGAAUACUGGAUGCAACAAGGUGAAGUUGAGUGUAUUGGUUGCUGAUAAAACUGGUGUAAGCUCUAUGGAUGUGGAUCCAUUUGAUGUAUUUGAUGGAUGCAAUGAUGAUGAACCUAUUGGCGAUGUUCCUCCUGCGUCAUCUUCUUUACAUUUGGAUAGUUUUUUGAAUACAGGUGGGAAUGAAACAGCUGCACCUACUCAGUUUGUGUCAGCAUCAGCAUCAGCAUCAGCAUCAGCAUCAUUUUUGUCGUUGCAUGCUAAAGUAGUUGCAGUUGCACCAACUUGUCAGAAAUGCAAUGUAAAACUUAAUCUUGUUGAGUACGGGUAUAACAAAACACCGUUAAAGAGACCACUCACUUGUACAAAAUGCAUGUUUGGUUCCAAUAUUGAUAAAGAUUUAAUUGUGUUGCAAAAAAUUAGACUCUUGUGGGAUUAUCUUUGUCAUCAUGAGUUCCCCAACACCAAACAAUUGUUGGCAUUGACUAGGUUGACUUUAAGCGAUGGUGAUAUAUUUAGGAGUAUGUUUAAUCAUUUGUUGCUGGAAAAUGUCCUUGUUAUUAAUAGAGGUAUGGGUGGGAAUGGGAAACUACAAUUUGAACAUGGAACGAUAAAUUAUCGUAUUGGAUGUGGUGAAUUUACUGCCAUGGUGGAUGGGAUCAUUGAUAAUUAUGGUACACCAUUGAUUAAAAAUCAAUGUUAUUGUAUAAUUUUUGUUCCCAUGUCACACGAGCAGUUUCCUUAUUUAUCAUACAAUGAAUCAUUAGUUGAUUUGUAUUUCCCCAAUCUACAAUUACCAAGAAUCAACUUUGUUAAAUUGAAUUUGAGGAAAUUUAAAGCAAGGUGUUUACAAAAUGAAACUCAAUUUGAUAGUAGUAGUGGUGGAAUAGGUGGAGUUUGUGCGACUGUGAUUCCAGAUUCACAAGCAUCACCAGGGGUGGUUGCUGUAAAGAAGAAAAAGCAAAUCAGGUACAGAGCAGUUCCUCGUGUUGUUGAAUCUGUUGUUGAUAAUGAUGAUGAUGAUGAUGAAAAUGAAAAUGAUGAUGAAGGUAAAGAAGAUGCAAUUAAUAUUGAUGCAUCGUCAAUUGUCGGUGGUGGUGGUGGUGGUAGUAGUGGUGGAGACACAAUACAGCAAGAAGAAAGUGAAGAAGAUCAGGAUACCAUUAUGCAAACCACAAAGCAAGUUAAGGAUUUGUCAUUUGCUGAUUCAAUCGAGUAUUUGUCCCAAGAGCCAUUACCAUUAAAGUUGGAAGAAACAACAUUAAAGAGAAAUAGAGCAAGUAGUUUGAAACAACUGCAAGAGAGGCAAAUAAAGAAACGGAAAGUCAGUGUGAAUAAAGUUUAG